GCCGUGAAAGAGAAAGAGAAAAAUAAUGUCGUGCGCGACGGAUAAUCAGUGAGGCGGAUCAGUGACAGACGUCCCCCCUUCCCGGGACGUCGCGACGCCGCGCGUCCUGUGCAUCGAGAAGCAGCGGGAAGAAAGAAGAUCGGGUGAAGAAAGGGGAGGAAUCGGAGCAAGGGGGUCGUUUCGGAGCCGCCAGGUGCGCUCCCGCGGGGAACGAUGACGGGAACGAGGACGGGAGGAACCGGGAAUGGAGGAGCAGGAGGAAGUGGUGGAGCAGGAGGAAGCUCGCAAAAUAUUCUGGUCACCCUGUACGUGGCGACCGCCGGCCUCCAGGGCAACGCGCUCGGCUCCGACGAGGAGGAGAUCACGCUGCUCGUCUACGUGCUCAUCGACGAGCUGCAGAACAAGGUGCUGGGCAGGCAGCAGUACAUCGUGCGACCGAUGGUAAUGGAGGAGAGUUGCACGCCCGGGACCGGCAGCGAGAACCCAGCGAUUGCCGGAAGUAGCGGGAUCAUUAGCGAGGCCGCGCUGGCACACGCGCCAGCCUUGACCGAGCGAAACCUCCGGGAGUACGGGAUUCCUCUGCAGCAGGCUAUCGAAAAGUUUGAGACCUGGUGGAGCUCCGUGUCUGGCGUAACUUCCGGUGUUAAGCCGCGAUUCGUCGUGGACGGCCAGGCGCCGAUGAGGCAGUGUCUGCAUCCGGAGGCUUGCAACAAGGACAUCGAGCUGCCGGAACAUUACAACUACUUCCACGAUCUUCGGAAGGAUUUCGUAGAGUGCUACUCGUCUCACGGGGAGUUAUCGACCCUCGGAGUGCAAGAGAUGCUGCAAUAUUUCGGACUGCCGCCAGAUACCGAUAAUGAUUUUCACGUCAAAGAGAUACAGGACAUGGUCAGCGUGGUACAGAGGAUGAUCAAGGACGGUCACGUUUUUAAGAAUCCAGAGGUGGUUAACAUUGUCCUGGAACCCGGUAUAUGCUCUAAGGACGAGGAGGUGGACAAUGAUUGCGUAGUGAGAGCGCGCGGUCUCCCUUGGCAAUCCUCAGAUCAGGACAUCGCCAAGUUUUUUCGCGGACUCAAUGUCGCCAAGGGUGGUGUAGCUCUUUGUUUAAGUCCUAUGGGAAGGCGUAACGGCGAGGCAUUGGUACGGUUUAUUAAUAAAGAACACAGAGACAUGGCGCUGAAGCGGCAUAAACAUCACAUGGGUGCACGAUACAUAGAGGUAUACAAGGCCUCCGGAGAGGAUUUUGUUGGCGUUGCUGGUGGUACGAGCGGGGAGGCACACGCUUUUCUGUCACGCGGGGCUCAAGUCAUCGUUAGAAUGAGGGGCUUGCCGUAUGAUUGUGUUGCUAAACAAGUGCUGGAAUUUUUUCAAUCCGGACAAAAACCGUGUCAAGUGUUGGACGGCGAGGACGGUGUGCUGUUUGUAAAGAAACCGGACGGCAGAGCGACGGGUGACGCCUUCGUGUUAUUUGCGAAGGAGGAGGACGCGGUGAAAGCCUUGAGCAAGCAUAGAGACUGCAUCGGCAGUCGCUAUAUAGAACUUUUUCGAAGCACAACCGCGGAAGUGCAACAGGUCCUAAAUAGGGCGACAGAUCCGAAGCAAGUAAUACUACCACCACCGCCUAUCGCGCAACUUCCACCCUUGCUUCCUCAACAUAUCAUUACGUCCGGUACGCGCAAGGAUUGUGUUAGACUUCGUGGUUUACCGUACGAGGCGCUCGUCGAACACAUUCUGGAGUUUAUGGGUGAACAUUCUAAAAAUAUCGUCUACCAGGGUGUUCACAUGGUUUAUAAUGCUCAGGGCCAACCGUCUGGCGAGGCAUUUAUCCAAAUGGACAGCGAGGCAUCGGCAUACGCAUGUGCGACCCAGCGGCAUCACCGGUACAUGAUCUACGGCAAGAAGCAGCGAUACAUCGAAGUGUUCCAGUGCAGCGGCGACGACAUGAAUCUGGUAUUGACAGGUGCGGUAACACCGCCGUCGACCAAGGCACUCCUAUCACCCGGUACGUUGACCACACAGUCCCCCGCGACCUUCACACAUCCGUCUGCGCCAGCACCGGUGCCGGUGCCGGUACCGACCGCGCAGCCGCCGCCGCCACCGCCACCCCUGUGGGACAUUCACGCUCUGGUGCAGGCCCAGGCCGCUCAGGCCGUUCAAGCACAGGCUCAGGCGCAAGCGCAGGCCGCCCAGGCGCAGGCUAUCAGGAAUCAGGACCUAUGGCUGAUGGCCUUGGCAUCGAAUCCGUCUCCUACCUCGACCACCCAUUCACCCACUUCGGCAGUCGCCGCCGCCGCUGCCGCUGCCGCCGCCACGAGCAAGUCUCUAGCUCUAACGAGCUCGAAUCCGGUGGUCCAUUCGGCCCAGAUACCCUACGCGGUAGGACCCUCGGCGGCAGCGGCAGCUGCCGUCGCGGCCGCUCUCCACGCACCACAGACAAAUCCGGCAGCAGCGGCCGCGGCAGCUGCGGCGGCUACGCCGUUUUUGUUCUUCAAUGUUCCCCAUCAUCCCCGUUAUCCCUUCUUGCGGGCACCGGCGCCGCAUGGGCUGUUAGCGCCUAUCAUGCCGACUGCGCAGACCUUAAAUCCGGCCGCGUUAAUGGGUCUAAAGCGAACGUGGGACGCCGCCUUCCCUGCCGACGCGACGGCGGGUAGCGUCGCCGCGAAACGUACGCAUGCUUGGCACGCACCAACAGCGGCGUUUCACGCACCAGCCCCAACCGCAGCCCCGGGCUUCCCUUAUCCAGCUCAGUUUUAUCCCCAGAUCUGAUGCGCCACUGCGUCAAUCUCUAGCUUUUUAUAGACUCUUCCUCGUAAGGAGAACGGAAACGAUUGCCUCGGUUUCUCCGCAAGAACUUGUUAUUCGCGCGGAAGUACGCAUGCUACGUGGGAAUCGCCGUGUUACGACAAUACGACUUUUGACGGAUUUAUGUACAUUCUUAGCGAGUAAGCGUUGUAAUUAUUCGCGAAUAUCUACGACAUUCCGUUUCGUAUUCCGUACAAGUCUGGCAGAACGUCAUUUACAACGUUUGUCCAGCUGAUGAAGUGUACCUAACAUUUGGGAAUGCUUGGUACAAAUUCGGGCGUUACUUACACGACGGUACUUAACUCGCAAGUCGGUUUACUUUUCUUAUCCUAAUGCAUUUAGGCAGCAAAGCUAAUUUCGGUAAGCAUGUUAGCUGUACUGAUAGUGGUAUAUAAAAUUCCAUUUUUGGCGUGCGCAUACGUUCGUUCGUAGUUACGUGUUCAUGGAGUACCUAUUGAAGAAAACGCUCUUCCACGUGAGCGUAACCAAGUGCCUUAUCUAAUGCAAUGUGAACACGAAGUAAUUUGUCUAGCUCUCAAAAUUCUAUGAUCCAUACGCGCUCCUUUUUAUAUACAUAUACAUACAGAGCGUUUCAGAAUUAUCAUAGUGUAUACGCAGAUUAGUUCUGGGUUUUACCGAAAGCCAGGAAUUAUUUGAACAUUAAUAUUCUCUGGACAUUUUUUAUCACAGGCAUUUCAACGUAUCAAAUGUUAAAGUCUGUGUGAGUUCUUCCUUCCAUGAGAAUAAUCAUUGUAAAAUUUUGUUAAUGUAAUAUAUGAUUUCGUAAUAAUACGUCGCUCGUGCUAUCUUGUAUUUCAAUGAUGAUGUUAUUUAAGCAAUUUUGGAUACUUAUGACUUUAAUGUCUGAUAUUUAACUGGUAUCUGUGAAAAACUGUCCAACGAGAAUGCUUAUUGUCUCUGAGAGAAGCCUACAAGUGGGUACUAUCAGAAAUAUCCAUUUAUAUAUAUAUAUAUACACACUUAUAUACAUAUAUGUAUGCGUAUAUACAUAUAUUUUUAUGAGAAUGAUUUAUAUAUUUUGCUAGAAAUAUUUUAUUAGUACUAAGUAAUAUAAAAUGGACAUUCCAUCCAAUGUUACAUGUUCUAAAGUUCUAAUUCUCGGACGUAUGGUAGAUUCUUUAAUACGUGGCAUCUAUUAUGCGCAUGUAUGUUACAAUCUGUGUGUAAAUAAAAUUUCGUCACUAAUUAUAUUAUUCGCGAACGAAUCACACAGUUCGCUCGUAGUUGGCCUCGUCGCGGAUCUAUCUCUUUUCCGUCUAUCUCUUUUUCUCAAAGGAUUGUAACAUACAAGCUUUGAUAACUAGAAAGUUAAUAUAUGUGAAUCAGACCCUACAACAAAGCACAUAAAACCCGUUUUGCCCUGUUAUUUUAUAUUUGGGGAAAAUCGCGCGCAUAUAUACACACACACACACCUUCGUACACAUGGCGUUCACUGCAUUUAGUACAAUAAUAUCGUUAAUAAUCACGCCCACGUACACACAUACACGAAUGUGAUCCAGCACUAAUUCCAUCGUGUGUGACGGAUAAUACCUUAGUAUACCGAGUAUGUGCAUUAAUAAUAAUCGGACUUUGGUUUUGGAGAGUAUACGAUAACGGGGAGCGAAGAAAGCGGAAUUAAUUAAAAAAAAAAAAAAAAAAACGUCUCUGUAUACGCUCUCGCGGCUUGUGAUUUAACUGUGGUGUCGGCGGUAUUUACUCUUUCAAAGCUGGGCUUACGGCCUAAUACCUUUUGUGAUAGUGUAGUUGGUGAGAUCACACACAUUGAGACGGAUGGAUAUAGAUUUGGUGUAUCAGGGAAUCGAGCAUCGGCUUCGCCGGGAGGAUACGCAGCUCGCCGACUUUAUUCUCGCGAGGGAUGGACCUCGGAGAGAUACCUCACGCACUGCCACGCCAAUAAACGGGCUUCCACUGUUCGCAACAAAAACGCGAGAAAAACGAAGAGCCGCGGUCCUCCGGCGAAGCCGAUCCUCGAGAUCUGUCGCGCGGAUCGCAAAGUGUUGUUUAUUGGUAAUUUCACUUCUUCCUCUUGCCACGGUUUUUUUUUUAUAUACAUAUAUAUGUGUUAUUAGAAUAGUAGGGGGACAUAUAUAGCUGUAAACACAAACACAGGACGGUCAUAAUUAGCCCUGUUAUAUGUCCGCGAGGAUAUGCGAAAACGAUUCUGGCUUGCAUGUCGUGUGGUUUCGUGGAGGGAUAUUAUAAUUUUCCUCCGGUCGCGUUCCGCGAGCGAUCGCGUAACGGAUCCGAUCUUUUUCUUUCUUUUUUUUCCUUCUUUUUUUCUUCCCCUCGCGCGCGCGGUUACAUACAUUACGGCGGGUAACUGUCUCUCCGGGCGUCGCGUUUUUUAUCCGACAGAAAAAGAAAUCGGCCUCUCACGCUCCUUUCUCCCGAACCGCCUCGUAACAAGUUUUCCGUUUUAUCUGUCUUUUUUUCGAUGAGCGAUCCUGCGAUUAUCUCGCGACGCGGUAGCACUAACGUACAGAAUCAACGGUAGCAAAAGUGUGCGUCUUGAUGUCUUGUAAUCUUACGUUCUAUCUUGUCAUAGCGGCCGCUGCGGUAAAGUACCUGUUAUUACAUUAAACAUUCUCGAUCCGGUUCUCGGUAUUAAUAACGUAACUGUUCCAGAAGAUAAUUUACCUGAGGAUAAUUGAGGGCCGUUCUGUGAAAAAGAGAAAAGGAAAAGAAAGAAGGAACGGACGUCGAGCACAAUUGCACGGUAAAAACGAUCGUUCGUUUUAAUCUCGGGACGCUAAAGGCGAGAUGACCGGCGAGAUACCGCGGAUGUGAAUUUUGGCCACGGGGCUAAGAUGAAACGAGAGAGAGAGACACACACCGUCAAAGAAUAUAGAAAUCUUCAAUCGUGAAGACGCAACUGUAAAUUAUUAUGCCGUUCCGAAGGGCGUCCUGGGAUUAAGAAACCGUGGGGUCGUGCAUCUUUUUGUCAUUUUUUUUUUUAAUAUCAGGAUUACGUGUCUUCCGACUCUCCCCCCCGGUUGUGUAGCAUUAAUUGAUAUUAUAGAGAUAGCGAGAUACGGUGGGAUGAUGUGAAACGGAAACCGGCGAUCGUUCAUCGAGGACGGUCGCGCCAACCGGUCGCCUUUCGCAUCGUUUCCGUAGGGGAAUGCAUCUCGGAGUUGUUCUGGCACAAGUGUAUGUCGAGAGCGUGAAGGUGUCCUAGCGUUAACGACAAUCAUUCCCAUUUCUUCAUCUUCCCGCCGAUAUCUUCCUCAAGAUCUCUUUCAUUUUUUCUCUUUUUUCCCCCCGUUCCCUCCCCCGAAAGACGUAGGACACGCGCACGCGGUAUAACACGUGUUUAUCCAUGCAUACGCACACAUACAUACAUACACGUAUACACGCGGUGUAACUCUCUUUUUUUUUAUCUUCUGUACACACUCUGUAUAUCGAUGAUUUUAUAUCGACGGUGAGAACGAUCAUGUUUAAUAAAUGUGCCUUGUGGAUAUA